UGCCGCUGCCAGUGCCGAUCGCUGCAUGGGAGAGAGCAUUGGAGUGGUGGAGGAGCAGCAGCACACCACCAUCUGGGAUCGCAGGAGGAGCAAGCGCCGCGUCGUCGAGAGCUCCGACGAGUAUCCUCCCACUUCGCCGGAGGAGUGUGACUCGAGUCCCAGCUACAAGGGAGUUCGCCGCCGGAGCUGGGGGAAGUGGGUGUCGGAGAUACGAGAGCCCCGCAAGCGCUCCAGGAUAUGGCUUGGUUCCUUUGCCACACCGGAGAUGGCCGCCAAGGCCUACGACUACGCUGUCUUCUGCUUGAGAGGCCCCUCUGCGAUGCUCAAUUUCCCAGACUCGCCACCGGUGAUCUCCCCUGGUAAGAAGCUCACUUCCUCUAAAGAUAUCCAAGCUGCUGCUGCCGCCGCCGCAAAAAAGAAAGCGGCCCCGAGGACCUUUUCCUGUCCUGCUUCUGUGACUGGCAAGCCCGUUCCUCUAGCUUCUUCCUCCAAGCAAGCCCAAGAAGAAGAAGCCCCUGUCACACCUCUACUCUUUUCGGAGUCGUCCCCUUCCUCGCUACGACGAACCUGGUCUCUCCAGCUUGACGAAGAUUUUGCUGCCAUGGCCAUGCUGCUGCCUCCAUUGCCUCCUCUGCCUCCUAUCCAAAUGACGGAAGACUCGGACCACGGAGUUCUGGAACACCUAGGCCUAUGGUAGAAUUAUCUGCGACACACUACAGCAAUUUUGUUAGCCCACAACAUGUAUAGAAAGAAGGAAAGACGCACUUUUUUGUC